AUGACAAUUUCUUCAGGUGAAAACAGCACUUGUUCUCUGUAUCAACUUGCUCCUGUCGAGGCAGUGCUAUUUGAUGUUGACGGAACUUUGUGCGAUACAGAUCCCCUCCACUAUUAUGCUUUCCGUGAAAUGCUUCAGGAGAUUGGCUUCAAUAGUGGCAUCCCAAUUGAUGAGGAAUUCUUUAUCAAGAAUAUUGCUGGGAAGCACAAUGAUGAUAUUGCUUCCGUUCUUUUCCCUGAUGAUUAUGAAAGGGGUGUAAAAUUUUGUGAUGACAAGGAAGCUAUGUUCAGAAGGUUGGCUAAGGAGCAGUUGAAACCUGUAAAUGGUUUGUACAAACUGAAAAAAUGGAUAGAAGACCGUGGUCUGAAACGAGCUGCUGUUACUAAUGCUCCGAGACCAAAUGCUGAACAGAUGAUCUCGACUCUUGGACUGUCAGAUUUCUUUCAUACCGUAGUUCUUGGAAGUGACUGUGAACAUGCUAAACCAUUCCCGGACCCCUAUUUGAAGGCGCUUGAAAUUCUCAAUGUCUCCAAGGAUCGCACAUUUGUAUUUGAGGAUUCUGUUUCGGGAAUAAAAGCCGGGGUUGCUGCAGGGAUGUCUGUUAUUGGCUUGACAACUGGAAAUCCUGCACACUUGCUGAUGGAAGCAAAGCCUGCUUUUCUAAUUAAAGAUUAUGAAGAUCCAAAGCUUUGGGCAGCUUUGGAAGAGCUUGAUAGAAUUGGAGGUGUUACAAAAGUUGCAGCCUAA